AGAAAAAUAAAACUCCGAUUGCAAAUAUAUGGUGCAAUUUGCAAAAUGUGAGUUAUCACUUAUCACUAUUUCACAAUGUCUGAAGUACUAGGAACACCAUACAAGAUAUGCAGAGUAGAUAACUGUGGAAUAAGAGUGAAAGUAAAAGUUGAAGGAUAUGGACCUAUAUAUGCUGUACUUCAUCUACUUGCUAAAAAGUGUCCACAUGUUGAAGUUUACAAGAUUUCUUUGGGGAGAUUAACACAAAUAGAAAGACCUGGACAUGAACCUAUAGUUCAGGAUUUGAAUGGAAUAGAUUGGUCAAUUUUAAAUGAAUUCUUUAUAUCAUGGUACGGCAACAUUAUCCGUAUUGGCCUCAUCGGCAACCAAAAUGUUCUUGAGUUCAAUCAAGAAAGAAAAAUCUCAAAAGUCAUUGGUUUUGCCAAGUUGGUGACAAUAACUGCAGAUUCUCCAUCUCAACUUUGUUCGAGCGACUGGAUAUUUAAAAGUCCACCAGAGAUAGUGUAUUUACCAAGGUGUAUCGAAAUAAGGGACAGUAAACUGCAUUGGAGGUCUUUGGAUGGUGAUAAACUACCUGCCAAUGCCAUAAUAGGGGGGUUUCAAAAUGACCCAAUUUAUAUAGCUCGAGCAAAACACAGAGGAUCCCUUUGUCCUGGAAAAUAUAUACAUUCACAACGUUGCGCCUAUAUUGCUUGGGGCUUUAGUGAACAUCGAAAGGAUAAAUUUGAGAUUCUAUGUGGCUUAAAUGUCAGAUGGGUCAAGUGUAAAGGAAAAAAUAUACCUGAGAAUGCAUUUAUCGGAGGCACAUCAGAAGUCAAUAAUGAACCACUAUAUAUAGGUCGUGCUAAGUAUGGCAGUGAUCUUAUAUGUGGUAAAGUACAUCUGUUAUAUGGCACUUGUUAUUUACCAUACAAUGGCAGUGAACUUGAAUACAAGUCCUAUGAAAUAUUGGUUAUACCAGAUAUUCCUCCACGUAGUAUACAAGACUCACAACAUUGUUGUGUUAGCAGCUAAUGUUAAUAAAUAAGAAUAUAAAAUAUUU